GCUGGAGGGGAUAUACCAUGGCACAGUGGGAGACCUUGAUUGGCUAAAAUUGAAAUUCAUUUAGGACAUGCAGGCAGUUGUGUACAAUACUAUAAGUUAAAUUUCCCAUCAAAGGUCCAUGAAAGGACAGAGUCAAUAGGGUAAAUAUAUGUAUAAGGACACAAGUAUAUUGGGGUUUUUUUUUUUGUUUUUUUUUUUUGGGUUUUGUUUUUUGGUUGUUUUUUGUUGUUGUUGUUCUUGUUGAUUUUACUAUAUGGGGCAAUAUUCAAUAUGGGUAUGGCUCGGAAACUAUCUUAACAGCUAGAGUUAUUUGUUUUAGUUCACAUUUCAUUAAACUUUUAUUCUGUUAUUUUCAUAGGUAUACAGUACUCCCUCAAUAUAUCAACACCCCCCCCCCCCCCCCCCUUAUAAUGCCGUCAUCCCCGUCUCCAUGUUAAUACCCCUCUUCUAAUGCCAACCCCACAUGAUGCUUAAUGCCACUGAUUUUCACAAACAAUUUAUAAAUUCAUAAAUUGGUUAAAUUUUAUAUGGUUUACCCUCCAUAAUAAUCCCUCAGUAAUCACACCUACACUCUGAGAGCAGUGCAGUGUAGUGUGAAAGUCUAGACAAAGUAUCCAGAUGAUCAGGUUAAUUACUAUGAUAAUUGCUGAAUUAAACUCAAGAUCAUCUAAAUGUUUAUUCAGAAUAAAGCCCAAAUAAAUUUACAGAAUUUAAUUUCCUUUGACUGCUCAGUGAAUUGUCAGCAAUGGUGAAUUCGUUAUAUUAAUUGCCACCCCCGCUUGCCCAAAUUCGUCUUGAACAAAAUUUGGCAAAAUAUGGAGGGAGCACUGUAGGUACAUGUACUUUAUUAGAUCUAUUAAUUGCAUCGCAGGAAACGCAGGUAUUCCAGGUGUAAUCUUCCUUUACAAAUGCAUGCACUUAGUGUGAUAAUGAAGAGAUAAAGGACAAGAAAAGAAACGCUCUUGUGAAAUUCAAGUUGAUUCACUGUUAUUUAGUCUAUUAUGAUAUUCCAACAAAUCUCUUUCCAUUGUUAUCACAUCAGACUAUUAUCUAGUCUUAUCAAGCCUGCAUAUCUUGGGAUUAAGUGAAUGCAUUGUGCCCUAAAGUAUGGGAACUACAAAUUGUUUCAUACUGUCAGGAUAGGGAACUUGUUCCUGUCUGUAGACAAUGGUCAGGACUUACUCUGUCAAAUGGGCUGGGGAUCUUUCUGUCGAAUAUUUUGGGAAUCAUUUCAACAUAAGUGGUAGCUGCUGAAAAUUUGCUGACAGGUAUGGAAUUAAUGUUAAUGUAUGUGCACCCUUGAAAAGAUUGUUAAUGUCUGUAGAGUCUCAAUAUUUUGAUGACUGAACAUGAGGGCUGUGAAUGUUUUGUAUAUAAGAAUUGUAAUGUCCUUCAAAUUUAAACAAAUGCAACGCAGUAGAAUUAUUUCAUCUUUGAAAAAGAUGUGAAUUAGUAACGACUUAAUUGCCUUUAAGGUCAGAUUAAAAUACAUCUCUAAUUACCAUAUUUAAUUGUUCUUAAGUAUAUAAGCUUUAAAGCUUUGGAUUACAUAUCAUCAGAACUGGCAAUCACCACACAAGACAUAAUCCCAUUAGCAAUUUUAUCCCCAAAUCCAGAGGGUCACAGGGAUUAUAUAGAGUGGAAUGUGGUAAAGAGACUAAGAUGUGCACUAUAUAGAGUUACCACCCCUGCCAUGACACCGUGUGCCGAGGCCUCUAUUGAUUCUGUGGGUCUGGUAUUGAUUCUGGUCCGGCUCCCUGAUUAUAUAUAUAGCCUAGGGUGGUGGGAUGAGGAGUAGUAGUGCCCACCAUUUGUCCACACUUGGAGAAUUGUCCAGGAGAUAAGGCAAGGAUUAUCCUAAUCGUCAAUAUCACACAUCUGUGGGAGGAGUCCUAAUGGAUUUCAUGCAGUAUUAAUCAAUGCAUUCAGAAGCUAGGAGAACCGCUGAGCAUCCAGAUUAACUGUACAGAAUUGCAGCAAUUUACUGCAGCUUUUGAUUUUUCAUGACAAAUAAAGUGUAAUUCCGGAAACAGAGAAAUUAUGUGUGAAAUACAUGUAAUGUAGCUUUUUCCUGAGGACAGCCAGUAACCAUGGUGGAACAGUCUCCAGCUGUUAUGAGGAUUCUAUUGUGCAGCAUCAUUUCUAAGUGACACCAAUUUCACAUUACGUAAGAGGACUAGCUACACUAUUAUGUAUGAUGGAUGAAGCGUUUAUAUUAUACUUGGUCGAUUACUCAUGGUCGACUAUUAUUCCGACAUCAUGAAAAAAAAUUUCUUUAAUAGAGACAGUAGAUUUUAGCUGAUUAGCUUGGAUGUCACCUGACCACUCUACCUGAAGUAAUGGACGUGGAGUGACUGUCUGACAUUUAAUUUGUAAGGGUCAUCGUCGGUGAUUUUAGCGCAGGGAAAAACAGUGUAACCAGUGAAUAAGUAAACGAUGGUAGAACUUGACAGUUGUGUGCAUGCAAAAUCCAGGUGAACAACUUGCGCAGUGGUGGAACUGUGUAAGAAAUGGUGUGAUGGGAGUUCAGAUACAGCCUCUCUGCCUCUCGGUUACAUCAUCUAUCAAGGAUUCUGUGCUUGUUCCAAGAAAAAGCUAAUUAAAUGGUCCUCUAAUUGUGCAUAUAAUUUGCUGUUUUACAAUUGGAAUGGGAUUAUCUUAGACUGAAUUAUUCAACAACUAGUGACUUGUUCUCAAAAGAGGAGAUAUAGAGCCUGCUGAUUUAUGACAGAAAUACCUCCACUGUCAUGUACAAACAUCAUCUUUUAGUUGUAACAGCUAAUGCAUAGUUCCCAGUGUUUUGAUAAUGUGCCAUCUGUGAAAAUCAUUUCUACUUAUUUUGUGGUGAAUGGAAAUACAAGUAGGACGAGUCAUCUAUUGUCUGAAAAACAAAUUGACUAUUAUCUCAGUUUCAGCCAUUCCCGUCACAUUUUACUCUUACUAGAUAUAUAUAUAUAUAGGAUUCAUCAUGGGGAAUAUCAUUGCUGACUUUGAAAUUAAUGAAGUGGAGGAAAGUGAUAUACAGCAGGUUGAAAGUGAAUUGACUGCCAUUAAAGGAACUGAUGUCGAUAAGGCAUCUCGGAAAGUCAGCCCUAGUUCCUCGGUAGAGAAUUAUGUGGACAUAUCCGACACAAAAGAUUGUAUUGAAUCAAACUUGUCAUCUCCUACGGAAUAUCACAGUGCCCGAAACUCGGAGCACUUUCCUUUCACAGACUCAGAUGUGAGUGAUAUUGAAUCUGAGGAUCAAGUGGCGUCUCGCAAAACAGAUGAAAAGUCGGUGGGCAAUAAUAGGAGUCUGUUUAGUACCGAGUCCGAGACCAGUGGGGAUUUUCAUGAAAAUUGUCAAGUCUGUCAGCAGGACAUGUAUGACCUCCUGAACCCAGAUGACCUUUCUAAUACAGGGUCAGAGGUCAGUGAUUUUGACAGUGAUUUUGACUUGGACAUUACUGGUGCUGACAGUGAAACACCAAGGCAUAAGAAAACAUCUGCUGGUUCAGACUCUGAUCCCACAAUAGAAAAUGUAUCUAGCCAGAGUUUAUCAGAUGCAGACAACACUCCAAAUAAACAGGAGCCUUCUUCAGCAUUGUUACCAGUGGAAUUACCCUCUGAACAAUUCACCAUGGGAGGUAACUCCAGCCCAAAAGACACAUCUGGCAGUUGCUGUACUUCUGAAAAUCCGCCUAGAAAUAAUGAAAGCAGUAAUGAGAACAAUGUUCUGGCUGAUGAAAGCCAGGAAAGUAGUUGUAACAAGGUCACAAACACAGCAGAUGACAACUUGUGCAGUUGUGAAUCAGAGUCAAUGGGAGCUGGUGCUAGUUAUGCAGGUGUGUUGUCCUGUGACUGUAUCAGUCCCAGAGCAGAGCAAGGGGGUAGGAAUGUAUAUGCCGAGGAGAGAAGUUCCCCCUCAUAUGAAAAUGUUGGAACAUCUUUAAGAACUUCUGUGAUUGAAUCACAACAUGACAAAGGAAAUUGUCAUGAAGAUAGAUCUAAUUGCCAAUUUCUGAAGGUUAAUUAUGGCAUUCAUUCAGAAAAUGGAGAGGAGAUGGAAAAGUCCGAGUCAUCUGCAUUGACUGACUUAAAGCAAGAUGAAAAUGUGGACCAUACACAAUUAAUCGGUGUUCAAAAGUACCAAGAUCUGGAGAAAAGAAGCUUAAUGGGAGCCAUUCAGAUCUCCCCAACCACUGAGAAUGACCAACUCUUGAAAGCUAGUGUGGACAAAGACAACAUGGAUGAAUACCCAUCAAUGAUUUGGGAUAUAGUUAAAAACCAUCAAAGUUUUGCAGAUUUACUGACAAAUUGUGAACAUUUCUGUAGUUUUAAAUUGGAUUUGUUAAAUAAUGAAAUGGAUGCAUAUAACCAAGAUGCACCCACCCCUAAUGAGGGUAUUUCGACAAUGAAUUCUGCUGGUGGAGGGGCCACCCCAGGCCCAGGGCCGGGAGGAGGCCAGAGGCCCGGUAGUCCUAGGAGCCCAGGCUUCUACAAACAUCGAAAUCUAGAUACCCCCAAAACUAUUAUGGAUGUGGAUUAUAAACUUCUGAAUUCAGGAAUAGCUGUCCUUCCAGGCAGUCGGGAUUCUGAGGAGCGUUCAGUGGUAUUCAUCUUCACCAAUAGUUCCCUUUGGCAGAACCAACAGGUGCCCAGUGCUGAAUUGUCCAGGCUACUAAUGUACUACAGGAAUGUUCCCAGGGAGGAAGUUCGUUCCAAGGGUAUAACAAUUGUGGCCGUGAUACAGGGAGCUACAACUUCUGUUAUCAACACUCUAUUAGAAAGCCUCUACCUAUUUGAAGGGAACUGCCCGGGAGGAAUAGCUGUCCUACAUUUCUUAGCCGAUACUUACACCCAACCUUUACUGCAGAUGUCACCAGUAUUCGACUCUCAAACUCCAUUCAAAUUGGAUGUUCUACUGGCUCCAGCGUUAUUGCAAGAGUUCAUUCCCUUAGAUCAGCUUCUGUUAGAUCUGGAUGGUCUUUACAUGUAUAAUCACGAGGAGUGGAUCCGAUUUCAUUUGGAAUUGGAUCCAUUUAUAAACAAGAUUAGGAGUGUAGCUAAAUACCUCAUGGUCACCAUGCAAGAGCUCAGUGAACCCCAUGUGAUGCCAGUUACUGCUCAGGAAUCCACACAACUCAUUGAGCACCAUGAGCAGACCAUGAAGGCAGCAUUCAAUGAUCCAAGACUGAUAUCCCUCCAGAACGAGGGAGAGUCGGUCAUCAACUGCCUCCGAAGGAUGGAUCCCCACAUGGGGCAUUCUGAGGACUACAGAGAUCUGAUGGAGUCUGUGAACAGGCUAUAUGACAGUCUGAACAGCAGUAUGGUUAAACUGGUUCACAUAGCUGAUAGUCGCCUCUCAAAGCUUGAACACUGCCAGCAGCUCAGGGAGUUUGAGGAAGAAUGCACAAAGAUUAUCACUUGGACUGAGAAGACAGGUGAGGAGUUUCUACAAAGACACACUCAGCUUGGGGACAACCUAAAGGCCAUCCGCACACAGCAGAAAGAGUUUGAAAAAUUCUACUUCUGCGCAAUGACCCACAUAGAAAAGGGCAAUGAUCUGUUGGAUGAAGCUAGUAUGCUGGCUCAAUCUGGAAGCUUCAAUGAAGCCACAGGUUACAAGGAACUGGCUCGCACUCUAAAGAAGCAUCUACAGUCCUUUACAUCCAAACUCGAGGACACUCGCGAGCAGAUCGAGCACACUGCUAAGUGUUAUCAGCUUCUAGAUAAAACUUAUGAGUGGGCUUUAGAUGCUAUGAAGUAUGUAGCGAGUAUGAAAAUGGAACACUGUGAGACACUAACUGGACUAGAUAAGUUGUUACGGAGUUUAGAGUUGUAUCUUCGAGAUCAUCCUGUUAUGAAACCAGAAACAUUCACAUAUAUGUUUGAUCUGGCAGAAAAACUACAGAGUGACAAAUUGUUAGAACAAUGUCGUGUGGCUAAGGAACGCUGUGAUGAAACACAGAAAUUAUUAACGUUACGGCAAUGUACAUUAAAACGUGCAAGAGAAAAACUAGAAAUGGAACAAAGGGAGAAUACUCCAGCAGAUAGCAGGAAAUCCUUUGUGAGGGAGCAAUCUCCUGCAGCCAGUGUUGUGAGUUCCAGGAAAUUCCCUGUCCCCCAGGAGUCAGUGUGGGAGCCUCAGUCCUCCAGUACUCCUGUCAGACAAGUGAGGCCCCACCCCGAACUAAUCAAAAGUGUGUCAGAACGCUUCCUCAGGUCCCAGUUACAUCGGGAAGACUUUUAUACCCAGGAUAUGUCAGACCGUAUUGUGACAGCUCUUCCUAAAUCGCUGAUUGAAUCCCGCCAGGGAUCUUCACGGGAGGAUCUCACUGAGGCGGGAAGUGAUACCGCCAGUGCGUCCCCAAGUCAUGAUUACAAAUCUUCACCCAUCCAUUUAGUAUCCCCCAUCACCGGUUACUCUACCUCAAGUCUUCCUUUACAUAGCCGACCCCAGAAGAAGGUCAUCAAACGUACCCCCACUGUUCCCUUACCUGGCAAUAUUAUUAUGGAAGAAGAGGACCAACUUGUUGACCACAAAUAUUCCUUAAUGAGUAAAAGUCAGGACCCACGCCCCAUCAGUAUGAUUACCGCCAGUUCUGACAGCUUGUCCAGCCUCCCUGAAGAGGAAACAGAGACUCAAGGUCCUGAUGGAGAACAGCCACUCCCUCCGCCGCCACCCCUCAGGCAAUGGACACCAGUUCCAGUUAACUCACAUCUCACGUCCAUGCCAGCAGUUUCUGAGCUUAAACUUUCCAAUGCAGAGAAAAGCAAAAGGACUCUAUCCCACAUCAUGAGAGAGAUGAUACAAACAGAGAGAGACUAUGUCCUGUCCUUGCAAUAUGUGAUAGAGUAUUACCUCCCUGAACUACAGCGCCCUGAUGUACCACAGGCUUUGAGGGGGAAGGGCAGCAUUAUCUUUGGGAACAUUGAAAAGAUUUAUCAGUUCCACUCUCGGUACUUCCUUAGGGAGGUAGAACGGUGCGAGAGAAACCCCUUCCAGAUCUCCAACUAUUUCCUCAUGCAUGAGUCACAGUUUUACCUUUAUGCACUCUAUAACAAGAACAAACCAAAGUCAGACUUGUUGAUGGCAGAAUAUGGGAAAAUGUUCUUUAAGGACAAACAAGCCAAGUUGGGAGACAAGAUGGAUUUAGCCAGUUACCUGCUGAAGCCGGUUCAAAGGAUGGGCAAGUAUGCUCUUCUGCUGAAACAGAUCAUGAAGGAGUGUCCCCCAUCAGACCAAGAAUUCCAGGAUCUCAGGGCAGCAGAACAAAUGGUCAAGUUCCAACUUCGCCAUGGAAAUGAUCUCCUUGCAAUGGAUUCUCUGAAAGAUUGUGAUGUAAAUCUACAAGAGCAGGGGAGAUUACUGCGACAGGACGAGUUCAUCGUGUGGCAGGGAAGAAGGAAAUCCCUUCGUCAUGUUUUCCUCUUUGAAGACCUUAUCCUAUUCAGUAAAACUAGGAGGGGCAGAAAUGGGGGGCCAGACAGCUAUCUUUACAAGUACUCUUUGAAGAUGGCUGAGGUUGGGCUAACAGAGAGCUAUGGUGACACAGGAUACAAGUUUGAGAUCUGGUUCCGUAAGAGGUCAAAGGGUGACAGCUACAUUCUGCAGGCCCAGAGUUCAGACAUUAGGCACCACUGGGUGAAGGAAAUCUCACGAGUCCUCUGGAACCAAGCCAUCAAAAACAGGGAAAAGCACAUGUCAGAGAUGGCAACAAUGGGAAUAGGAAACAAACCCUGUUUGGAAAUCAAACCAAGUGCCAACCAGAUUAAUGACCGCUUUAUCAAUGUGGCAUCUGGAAACUUCCAGUCUCGUACACGGAAUUCUAUCGCUGUAUCUUCCUUUGAUCACAUCCAUCAGAACAACAAACGUCCCCACUCCAUUAUCUCAGUCAGCAGCACCUCCUCCUCCAGCAGCAGCCAUUCGGGGGCUUUCUACCCCCACCAUCUAAUCCAGGACAGCUCCAGAACCAAUUAUCUGUCUAAUGAGAGUGGCAUAGGAACAGACAUUUCUUCUGGUGAGGACCAUGGAGCUAGAUGUGACCAAUCAGAGAGAGGCUUAGUGUUUACCAGACAGACAGCCAUCAAUGAGCCCAAUCUAUUCAGCGAUGCCAUCAGUACAGAUGUUUAAUUGAAACUGCCCUCAUAAUGUAUUCUUGUUGAAUGGGAUAAGAAAGGAAUGAAGAUGCUUGAAAUUCCAAAUCACACACAAUGUGCAAUACGCUGUAUUUUCAGGAACAAACAAUUGUAGCUUCUCUGCAUAAUCAGGAAGGGAUUUCCUUUUGCCGGUUUCGAAUUUUCACUUGUGGCUUAAGGUUGUCCAUCUGAGAAUGUGUAUAAUGUGUAUAAUUUAAAAGUACCUGGGGGGAAAAUGACCUUUGUAAAUAACAGGUACUUUUGAUUUCAUGCAUUUGCUUGUUUGCUUACAUGGGAUCAGUAGAUAAAGAGAAUCCAUUCUGUACCAAAGGAUACUGCUGGACAUGGUGCUAUUGUCAUUUUUCCAUUGAUUUGUCAUAUACUUAGGCUGUAUUUAUCAUAGAAAAAAAGAUCUGUUUUUGGAGCAUUUUUUAUUUUCGUGUUUAUGAACAAAUUUUAGCAACAGGAUCAACAGCAUUUCACUCAUAUUUUUCUACCUCAUCCAUUUUUUUAACUGAGCAUACAUCUAAGUAUUACAAGAAUUUGCCUAUUGUUUUGCAUUGCCAUGCUGUCCGUUUCUAUGUAAGAGGUCUACCUUUCUUGAGGCUUCUGCGGUCAUUGUUAUUUAUUGUGAUUUGUACAUAUUGUACAUUCAGAGAUUAGCAUUGUUAAUUAAUAGUAUUUCAAAUGCCAAAUUAAUCUUGUAUAUUGAAAUUAUUAUGAAAUAAAUUUGAAAAAUA